AUGUCCCCGUGUCCCCACGUGCUAUCGGUUCCCUGCUCUCUUGCAGGUUUCCUGGACGGGGAUGGGGACAGUAAAGUGUUUGUUUUCCAAGUGCCUCCCAUCGAAGAGUCCUUCGAUGACAACAAGCAUUCGCUGAAGCCCUGGGACACCAAGAAGCUCUCAUCCUCCUCGGCCCGUCCACGAUCUUGUGAAGUCCCUGGGAUCCACAUAUUUCCAUCCCCGGAUCAACCUGCCAACGUCCCCCUCAUGCCCUCAGCCCUCAACACGGGCGGUUCUCUUCCUGACCUCACCAACCUGCACUUUCCCUCCCCGCUGCCCACUCCUCUCGACCCUGACGAGACCACCUACCCCAGCCUGAGCGGGGGCAACAGCACCAGCAACCUGGCCAACACCAUGACACACCUGGGCAUCAGUGGCAGCAUGGGACUGGGGACGGGCUACGACUCGCCAGGACUUACCUCACCUAUGCAGAGCUCACUGAGUAACCCGUACCUGAAGUCCUCGCUUAGAAAAUCCCUGCGCAGCCCCUCUCUCCAAUCCUCCCUCAGCAACCCCUCUCUCCAAUCUUCCCAAAGCAGUUCCUCCAUCCCUUCCUCGCUUUCCAACCAGUCCCUGCCUUCCUCCCUCUCUUCCUCGCUCAGCAAUCCCUCCCUCCCCACGUCUCCUCGCAGUCAGCCCAUGCAAUCUUCCCCCAGCAACCCCAGCCUGCCCUCCGGCUUGAGCGGCUCUUCCUACGCUCCCGUGGUGCAGGCCUCCAUAAACACCUCGCCCCGCCGAAGGGUCCCGCUCAGCCCCCUCACCCUCCCAAUGGGUGGAGACUCCAGAAGGCAACACCCCAAACAGUUCUCACCAACAAUGUCACCCACAUUGUCCUCCAUCACCCAG